AUGUCAACAUCGAAAAGACCACUUGUGCUUACAAGUAGCAUCAUUCAGCGACAACAACGAUUUUCUUCCAUUACAGAACUACCGAUUACAACAAAUUCGAGCUCAAAUUCAGAGCAAUUAUCAUCAUCAACAGUCCAAAAACCUUUCAAAAACUUUAUCGCUGUUAUCCUCGCUGCUUUUACCGUUAGUUCAAAUUUUUCGAAGAUAGUUUAUGCUAAACUUUCUUUACAAAUUUGA